AUGGCGUUCUCUCUCGGCCAACCCUUCACUUUGGUGUCAGCCCUUAUUCUUCUUGUCGUUCUCCUCCACGCUUCUCUCUGCGAUUCCUCUCACGGGUUCUCCAGAUAUGGCGCUAGAAUUUCCGGGGAUGGUUCGAGUCGGCAGCUGUUGGAGUCGAGGAACUCUCAGCACCCCGACAACUGUGGAGAGUUGGUGGCGCAGUCUCAGUGCUCUCGGGACUCAAAGUGCAGCUGGUGCACCAGUGAGGACCUUGAUGACAUGUGUUUCAGCAAAUCUGAGGCCUGGAGGUUGCCGCAACAGGUUUACUCUUGCGCCUUGAUCCGGUGA